AUGGAUACUGUCGGGGCCGACUACGGAAAAAAGGGAAGCAGCAAGAAAAUUGUAGCUACUACUACUCUGGAAAUAUUUUGGGAGAUAGAGGAGGUGAGCGACAAACAAGCAGUGACAGAGGAUGACUUUUGUAUGUCAAAUUAUGGCUCAACAACAUCGUUAGCGAGUGAUGGCCUGUUUAUGGUCAGACUUCCCUUCAGGGAAGACGUUGAAUUAGGAGAUUCACGUAAAAGAGCUAUGGCAAGAUUUUUGAACAUUGAAAAAAAAUUAUGCGCCAACCCUGAACUAAAAAUGGAAUACCAACAGUUUAUGGAAGAAUAUAUUAGUAUGGGGCAUAUGGAACGAGUAGUGCCGGAAAUACGGGGAAAAUACUACCUUCCCCAUCAAGCUGUCAUCAGAGAAAGCAGUAUAACUACAAAAGUAAGAGUGGUGUUUGAUGCGUCUUCCAAGACAUCAAAUGGAAGAAGCUUGAACGAUAUUCUCUACGCUGGGCCAAGAUUGCAGAGAGAUAUUUUUGAUAUCCUUACAAAAUUGCGCAAACAUCAGUUCGUCAUAAGUGCAGACGUGGAAAAAAUGUACCGACAAAUUUGGGUACAUAAAGAUGACCAAGAAUACCAAUGUGUGUUGUGGAGAUCCAGCAGCGAAAGCCCAGUAGAACAAUACAGAUUAACGACAGUGACGUACGAUACGGCAUGUGCGCCGUUUUUGGCGUUAAAGACGCUUGACGAAAUUGGAUCUCAAUGUGAAGAUAAAGACAUUGGCGCUAUUAUCCAAAAUGAAUUCUACAUGGACGAUUUGUUAACCGGAGCAGAUUCUGUUUCAAGAUGUAAAGAAUUACAGGCGAAAAUAAAUAAACGUCUAGCAAAGUAUGGAUUUAAGCAAGUGACACAUUUGGAUUUACAACGCAACUUUACAAUGAACAACGGAUAA